AGUACUGCAAGCAAAUCCAAGUUGAUGACGUGGUUUGGUUCGCCAAGCAGUCGAACAGGAUGGCUGACCAGAGCAGGCAAAUUAAACUCGCUGCGGCUAAGAAAAAGCUGAAGGAGUUUCAGCAGAAGAGCUCCCCUCUAAGUGGAGGAGGAGAAGAAACGGGAGGUGGUGGAGUAGGAGCCAAAAAGAAGAGAAAAGUCAAGGGAGGGAACCAAACCGACGCCCCUUCGUCGGACAGGAGUCCUCCGUACAACGCCUAUGCAGAGGCUGAAACCAGAGUGUCUCCAGUACCCCACCUACUGGAGGACCCAAAGGGGGAGGCUGGUCAUGGUGUGCCUGUUUCUAACACCUCUAGCACCAUUUCUACUAACUCUGAAUCGGUCAGGCACAAUGAACUGCAGAGCUAUCCUGAUACCAAUGGCAACGGGGUGGAUAAAAGGCCAUUGUCCUCCACAGAAAGCCUACGACAGCUCUCCCAACAGCUGAAUGGUCUUGUGUCUGAGUCCUCCACAGCAUAUGUUAAUGGAGACUCUUCCCCUUCGCCUGUCAGUGAGAAGGAAAUGGAGAGUCGUAACCAGGAGCUGAGCGCCGCCCUGGACUCCAGUCAUCUCACAAACUCUGAGCUCAAUACACAGCUAGAUCAGCUGGCCCAGCAAUCUCAGGGUCUCACAGACCAACUACAAAAGGAGAGAAAGGAGUUUGAGCAGAAGUCUUCGAAGGAACAAGGAGCCAUGCGUGAACAACUGCAGGUUCACAUUCAGACCAUUGGUAUCCUGGUAUCAGAAAAAUCUGAGCUGCAGACUGCACUCCAAUACACACAACAUGCUGCGCGACAGAAAGCAGGGGAGGCGGACGAGCUUAGUCACCGUCUCCAGAGCACCAAGCAGAGGAUGGCUGAGCUGGAGCGAACGCUGUCGUCCGUCUCCACACAGCAGAAACAGUUUGAAAAGCACAACAAGGAUCUUGAGAAGGAGCGAGACAGCCUGAGACAGGAGGUUUACAGACUGAACAGUGUGAGCGACGAGGCGAUGCAGCAGAGCUCAGAGUUAUCGGAGCAGCUGAAGCUGAGCACUCAGGAGAACGGAGCCAUGCGGCUGGAGCUGGAGGAGCUGAGCAAGAGGCUGGAGAUGAGCGACCUCAUGCUGCAACAGUUUUCCAGUCAGUCUGAGCCGUCCACCGCCAACCAACAGGUCCAGAUGUUACUGGAGGAGAAGCAACAUCUGGAGGCCCACACAAACCAGCUGCUGGAGUCCAUCGCCCAGCUGCAGACGGAGAGAGAUCGCUACGCUGAACAGAUCCAGGAAGAAGGCCGUCUCUGGAAGGACAAGACGGAACAACUGCUGACCCAGGUGACGUUAGUAGCGGAGGAAAGGGACAGCAACAUCAAUCUGGUCCAAGAGUUGGAGUCCCAGGUUGCAGAAUUGAAAAACGCUGCUGCGAUGCUGUCCCAGGAGCAGCAGGCGCGGGACCACGCAGUUCCCCAGCCCUCUGGGCCCUCGGAGAGCGAGGUGGCCCUUCAGGAGGCCCUGGACAGACUGCACCAGGAGAAGGAGGCCCUGACUGAACAGUACCAAGCCCAGCUGCGGGACAACGGGCAGCUGAGCCGGCUGUGUGCGGAGCAGGAGUCGCGGCUGGGGGAGCUGGAGCGCCAGCAGGAGGGCCUGAGCCAGGAGACGGAGGACCGCCGGCGCAUGCUGGAGGACGUGCAGUCGGACAAGGCCACCAUCAGCCGCGCCCUCACCCAGAACCGCACCCUCAAGGACCAGCUGGCCGAGCUGCAGAACGGCUUCGUCAAACUGACCAAUGAGAACAUGGAGCUGACCAGCGCCAUCCAAUCAGAGCAGCACGUGAAGAAGGAGGUGGCACGCAAGCUGGGCCAGCUCCAGGAGGACAACCAUACCAUGAAGGAGCAGCUGGCCCUGAAGAGCCAGGAGUCGGUGGCCCUGCUGGAGCAGCGGGACCAGGUGGUGGCCCACCUGCAGCAGUACUGCUCGGGCUACCAGACGCUGGCCUCGGAGCGGGAGCAGCUCCACCUGCAGUACCUGCAGCAGGCCCAGCUCAUGGACCGCCUGCAGCACGACGAGAACGAGGGCCGCGUGCAGCUGGAGAUCAGCCACCAGCAGCUCCGACACGCCCAGGAUCGUCUAGAUCUGCUGGUGAGGAACAACCAGCAGCUGCAGACUGAGGUGCAGGAGCUCCUGGCAAGUUCUUUGCUCAACUCAUCCCCCAGAGACCAAGGAGACGGAGUGGAGAGUCUAUCAAUGAACGAGGGCCCACAGGAUUCCCCCUCCAUUGUCAUCCCAGAAGACUUUGAGAGCCAGAAGGAAAUGGAGCAGUUCAUCCGGGGCGUGGUGUCCCAGCUGGAGGGGGAGCGGGACGCGGCCCGGGGGCAGCUGGAGGAGGAGCGCCGGCUCCACCUGGCCGCCCGCCACCAGGCCUCCGCCGCCCAGGCCCUGGAGCACCAGCGCCACCAGGGUCACCUCCACCACGACGACGGCGGCGAGCAUCACCACAGCCACCACGACGACCAACACAGCCACGGACACGGCCACAGCCACGAGCCGCACGACCACUGUGACCAAGGUGACGACCACACAGGGGGCGCUGCAGUGCCGGCGGAGGUCCAUGAAGCCCUGCGCGGCGCCAUGGACAAGCUGCAGCAUCGCUUCACCUCCCUGAUGCAGGAGAAGGUCGACCUGAGGGAGCGGGUGGAGGAGCUGGAGCACCGCUGCAUCCAGCUGUCUGGGGAGACCGACACCAUAGGGGAGUACAUCGCCCUGUACCAGAGCCAGCGGGCCAUCAUGAAGCAGAAACACCAGGAGAAGGAGCACUACAUCACCAUGCUGGCCCAGGACAAGGAGGAGAUGAAGGCUAAGCUGUCUGAGCUCCAGGACCUGGUGAUGCGGCUGGUGGCGGAGCGCGACGACUGGUGCAGCCGCUACUCCGCCGUGGUGGCGUCGGGCCCCGCUAACCCCGACCUGCUGCCCCUGGGGCAGGGCCACGGCCCCCUGCUGCACGCAGAGUGCGGCGCCGACCACACCCACACAGACGCCAUGGAGGUGAUCCCCCUCACAGACGCCAACCCAGGCCCGGACUCCGACCCCUCCUACUCCCAGCACCACCACCAGCACCACCACCCAGGGGCCGACCCCCAGGCCGCGGGGGGCCCCUCUCCCCAGGAGGACGGCACCACCCGACAGAUCAUGCAGCUGCUGCAGGAGAUCCGCAACCCCCAGGGAGCGUCCCGCGCCCCGCCCUUCCUCGGAGACAGCCCCUGCAUCCCCUUCUUCUACCGGCCCGACGAGCAGGACGAGGUCAAGAUCCUGGUGGUCUAAGACGGGUUAGGGGGAGGGGGAGGACGGGAGAGGGAUAGGUGUGUGUGUCUCUCCGUCCGACCGUCCGUGUGUGUGCGUGCGUGUGUGUGUGUGAGGGAGAGUUUGCGGGACGUUGCUCUGAACAGAUUUGGGAAUGAAUCUCUGAAAUAUUUCCCGCCGUCUGCUCCUCUUGUUCUCCCCAACGGUUACUUAAGUUACUCUCCUCCUCCUCCUCCUCCUCCUCCUCCUCCUCCUCCAAGGAUGUCCGGAAGGGACCCACCCCUCUUCUUCUCAUCGCUCUUCGUCUGUGCGUGUGUGUUUUGAGUUGUGUUUAGGAGGCAGUUUUUUAAUAUCUCCCGAUGCUUUAAGUGACUUGGUGUGAUUUGAAACUAGUCUACUCCAGCUUUAAAAAACAAAAAAAUAACGACAACUCAAAAGAUGGCGUCUAAACCUCGAUGCGUUGGCGAUAUCCCCUUCACAGGAUCGACUUCCAUCUCCACACCGGUGAAUAUUAGUCUGAGAUGUUUGAGUUGUGUCCCCCCCCCCCUCUCUAAUCACGCAAGUGCGCAAGUGCAAUAAAAGUGUCUCUUCCUUCCAGAGUCGUGGCUAACCUAGAGCAGGGAAGACUCCGCGGCAGGUUGUGUGUUUGUUCCAUGGAUUCCUUCUCUGGUUGCCCUUUUUACAUUCUGGUCUCUAUCCCCCCGCCACCCACAUACCAAAACGCACCUGCGUCGAGUUCGAAUGUAUAUCUGCAAUUAAGUAUGCCUCAUAAACCUACUGUGUUGUCACGCUAGUGUUAACAUGAGGACGAUGCUGAAGAGGCCAAGAGAGACCAAGACUUGGGCCCAUGUGAAAGUUGUAGAGUGUGUCAUUUUUGUUAAGUUAAAAAGGCAAGCUGGUCAACAUUAUUGCUUCUUUAAACCAUGUAUGGUUUCAGUCAAAGUUAAGAGGAAGUAGAUAAUGUGAACCAGGAAGAAGGGGGUAUUUAGGCCACUACCCUCUUCGUACAGUCAUCUCUCCCAAACACUAACGAUUUUUCAGAGUAAAAGUAUGGAAGUAUUUCAAUUCUAGAAGGAGUUUGUGCUAUUUACUACCCACCAAUUCAUUUCUCUGUAGACGGGAAAAAUUACUAUUGGUCGGCUGGUGGCUAAAUAGAUGGAUUCAUGUUAGUCUCCUGUGCAUUGGAAUAUUAGACCUCAUAAUAACUAAGAAAUGUACAUAACCCUAGACACUCCCCCAGGCUUGAUACAGGUCAUUCAACAACAGGAAUUUCAGUUACUUCAUGUGAUGGAUCUUCAUGGGCAGGGGGGAUCCACCGUUAUCGCUUCUGUUACGCGUUGCUUGUAUACAUAUCAAAGAAGACUUCCUUCACGACUGGAAUCGCGCGUGUGAGCGCGCCGUGUUAAUUUGUUUUGCGCGAUGCAUGUUUGUGUCAAAUCCAAAAAUAUUUCUUCCCAUUGGCUGAAGUUGAAUCUAUUGAGCUUCAUUUUAUUUUUAUUCACACAUUUUUAUUUUUCCUCUCCUUCAAAUGAUAUGAAUAUAAUUGCACUAAAAAUUGUACAGAGCUUGUCGUCACGGUAACUGCCCGGGUUCCGGGACGGGGACGGGGUCGGGUUCCAGACCGCGGUGAGGACAUUUGUUCCGUAGGAGCGUUCCCCAGCAAGUCCGGGGUUCCUAUGGUUCUGAACUCCAUGAGGUCCUGGGUUUAAGAUACUGCACACUCAGGCGGAGGGUUCGACUGGAAAGUUAUGAAAGUCAACUGGACGAUGAGUUGAAGUGUGUGUGUGUGUGUGUGUGUGUGUGUGUGUGUGUGUGUGUGUGUGUGUGUGUGUGUGUGUGUGUGUGUGUGUGUGUGUGUGUGUGUGUGUGUGUGUGUGUGUGUGUGUGUGUGUGUGUGUGUGUGUGUGUGUGCGACUCUGCGUGUGUGCGUGCGUGCACAGGAAGGAUGUGUGUAAAUAUACAGGCCAGAAUUUGAAUAGUCCUUUUCGACGCAUCUUUAGUUUUUUGUUUUGUCUUUAAAUUCCGGGAAUAUAUCAAUCCAAAUUUGUGAACAAACAAAUUACUUUAUACCAAAACACGAAACCCACGUUUAGGAUUUGUGAUGUCCUUCAGUAUCUGGAAGCCCGACCAUUGGCUGUGCAGGAAACAUUUCAUAUAUACUCCACUGACCUGACUCAAGUAAUUGAAUAACGGGCAUUGAGUUUCAUUACAAUGAUUGAUGUCAACAUUUAUUUAUAAUGCCACAAAGGUGUAAAUCUUUGGUUUUGAUUUUAGUUUACGGUUUAAUGUCGACUUUUGGGAGAACCGUGGGAUACUUAUGAACUACUCAGUUUGUUCUAAUUGCGUUGAAAGAACUCUUCUAUUCCACCUGAAAAACUUUUUUUUGCUGAUUAUUUUCUUUUUCCAUUUCUUUCCAAUUAAUUUGCCGUUUUGUUGAUUUUGGAGAAUUUAAUUUAGAUUUGGCAAUAAUUGCCGCUCAACAAAUAGAAGGUCUAGAUCUUGGCUGGGCUGAGCUGGUAUUUAAAAGCUUGGGAAGGAGGCUGAAAGUGAAAGAUGGUGGAUGUUUGGAAUGUGUUGACGUGAAGCCGCUUUUGUCUGUGCAAGGAAGCAUACACACAAAAGUCUAAACCCUGAACCCUCAGCACUUUGGGCACUGGCACUAUUGUGACAAAGCAUAACAUACUUUAUCAUUCUAGAUUUAUUUUAAGCUUCCUAGCAUUCUCUUUAGCAUGCCCUAGCAUUUUCUUAAAAUAGAUUAUACAUUUGUUUUGUUUUUUCUGGGAGGGUGAUCGGAACAUAAAAAAAAUGCAUAUAACAUUUUAGAGAAUAGGUUAUAUUAUUUUUGGACUAUAAAAGUCUUUAUAAAAUCUAUUCUUCACAAUUUCUAAAUCACUGUUGAACGUAUGAGCGGGAGGGUGGGAACGAGGCAGCGUUUAUCGUCUACUGUAAACGGUGGUGUGUGUGUGAGUGUAUAUACUGUAUCUGUGUAACAUAUUGUAUAUUAAUUAUGCCUGGUGCGAGCGUGUGUGUUUAGGGUGAGGGGUCGAAUGGAACGGGGGAAUUCUGUUGUACACUCUAGCUCAGGGGCUAGGGGUGUAGAAUGAGUGUCGAUGUGUUUGGCCUUUUCUGGACAGCCAACUGCUGAUCAAGAAGGGCACGCUGGCUUUAAGCAAGGGGGGGCUUUAGGGCAGGCUGGCUUUAUUACACGGCCGUAGACCACAAGAGAGCAUAUUCUAUUUAUUUGGAAGAAGUAUGUAAACUAAUGAGUUUUAAUGUACUGUAGAAGAGCCGACCGUUUAGCAAUGGACACAUGAAGAAUCAUUCAAUCAGAAGAACCUGUUCGUGAAAUGCUGAUUCUGAACUGUUGGAUUUUUCUUUUUCUUGAAAUUUUUCUUUCCCUCUCAAAUAAAACUGAGCAAAGUAAAGUAUUGCCCGUUUGGUUUGUUAAUCCCAUGCCUGCUAAAGGUCACAAGCAUGCCUUUACAUGCAUGGGAUAGUGUGCUAGAAAAUCCACACAUUCAAAAUGUUUGUGACAUCACAAAAGGGGUGGUUGUAGAUCAACUCAGAAACCAUGGUGGGUGGUACCGAUGUACCAUGAUGUCACAAACGCAGCAUAGGUGUCCUAUUUUAUUUCCUUAAAGGGACACUGUAAUAUUUUAAGUAAUUUAUUACCUCAAAUCGACGUAUUCAUUCAUAAAUAAGUCCUCAUUGGUGUAAAAUUAUCUCUGCCAAAAAUCGCACUUAUCCUCCUGAGCGAAGAAUAAUUAAUAUGUAGUUACAUAGGACGGGUAAGCUUCAUGGAGGCUUCCAUGUUCUUCCGGUCUAUGAAAUGCCGAGAGGGACAAAGAGCACUACGUGGUACAGGAAAUGCAAACGCGUUUUCACUCUGAGCCAGCGUGAAUGAUGACUGAAAUAAUUCACUAUCUUGCUCGAGGAG